CGAGGAUCAAAGUUCAAAGGUCAGCAUGUGCUGAUCAUGUUCAUCGAUUACGCUGUUCAUUAAGUGACAGAUCAACCUUGUGCAAAAAGAUGGACUUCUUCGAAUUGUCAUGCCUUUUAGUUAUAACUGCAUGCGUGUUCUAUUUGUUUUACAGAAAGAAAGGCGAAAGAAAGAUCUCUGACUUUGUGUCAAAGUUUCCAGCCGAUAAAAUAAAGAACAAACCCACAGAACAAGUCCAUUAUGACGUAGCGAUCUGUGGGGCAGGCCCGGCAGGCAGUACCUGUGCCUAUUAUUUAGCUAAGCUUGGCUGGAAAUGCCUCAUUCUGGAAAAAAAGAAAUUUCCUCGGGACAAAUAUUGCGGCGAUGCAGUUUGUAAAACAGCUAUAGAGAUUUUGAUGGACAUGGGCGUUUAUGAUCAACUCAUUCGAGAAAACAAGGCACACGUGGCAGACAGUGGGGGACUAGUCAGUCCUGGGGGCUUGAGCUAUAUUGGGCGCAGCAAAGAGGUUCUUGGCGAAAUCCCUGCAGCCAUUGCUUGCAAGCGGAUACACUUGGAUGAAGCCAUUGCUAAAGCAGCCCAAAGGAUGGGUGCUGAUCUUCGAGAAGAGUGGGCUGUCAAUGAAGCCAAGUUUGAUAACUCUGCUGGUCUCUGGACACUUUAUCGGGAAGGAGCAACUGAUACAUUCAAAGCAAGGGUGUUGGUGUGUGCAGAUGGGGCCCCCUCUAGGCUGGGAACACAGCUUGGUUUGAUAACUCGCCCCCCAGAUAGCACCUGUUCAAGGGCUUAUGUGGAAGGAGGAACCCACAAAUUCAAAGCCGAUGGAGUUGUCUUUUACAAUAAAGAAAUGCUGCCAGGAUAUUCUGCUCUUUUUCGUCAUCCAAACGAUGAGCUCAACUACUGUGUAUACAUUAUUCCUGGCAAUCCAAAAGUGACCCCUGAUGAUCUGAAAUACUGGCAUGAAUAUCUGCAAACAAACGACCCUAACAUAAGUCGAGCUCUGGGAGGAGAGGCCAAAAUAGAGAGAAUGAAUGCUGCCAGUUUGAGACUUGGUGGAGAGCAAGUGUCGUAUGGACAUCAUGUUUUGAUUGUCGGGGAUGCAGCAGGAAUGAUAGAUCCAUUAACAGGAGAAGGCAUACACCAUGCUAUGGAGGGAGGGAAGUUGGCUGCUUUGUUUCUGGAUGAAGCCAUCAAAAAGGGUAACUAUGAUGAGGGCCUGAUGAAAAUUUACCAUCAGCGUUGGAUGAACAAAUUUGGUUUUGAUUUUAAGUGGUCCAUGAUCUUCUGCCAAAUGAUGUAUCGCUAUCCGAUUUUAUUGGACGCCUCUGCGGCUGCUCUGAAGAGAAAGGGAGACAAAUUCCUUGCUAAAUGGGCUGAUAUCAUGACAGGAAGAGUUCCAAAAAUGUACAUGCUGAAGCCAGAGUUUUCCUUAACUUUAGGAUAUGAAUUAUUGAGACUACUAAUAGCCAGAUUUAACGGUCAAAAGAAAAAUGAAAAUAAAUCUCUGUAAAAACAC